AUGCCUACAGUGCGACGAGACCCGUCCGGUCGCACGUGUCGCGGCUAUGAAGAUAGCGGAAGCAUCAUAUUCCGCCAGCACGAGAACCAUAGUGACAGCCAACCCCAGUCUAAGCCGGCUUUCAAGUCGAUGGCCCGUAAAUGUAGCUUAGCUGCUAGAGAGCCAGUCCCUGGUACCGACUUUAUCCCCGAGGAUGGCCCUCCAAAGGAGGUGACCCAAAACAGAAUCAAGGAGUUGGCGCUGCAGGCGUUUUUCUAUGACUAUACCGAUGUCUCUGUUAACUCUUCCAUAUCAGGAGGCUUCUUGGGUGGACUGGAACCGAUCGUGCAGAAUCUAGGACUGGAGUCCCACGUGGCAAAUGCGUGCAAGGCGGCCGCUUUCGCCAGCAAUGGGUUAAAGUUGCGUCGACAGUUCCUGAUACAGCAGGCCGAAACCUUGUACCACGAGCUGCUGGGAUAUCUAGCCAGUUCCAUGCAGACCCCAGCUGCGAGCGGUCACGAGACGCUGAUCAUUGCCAUACUGCUGGGGCUCUAUCAGAUGAUUGUGGCUGAGGAGGCCAAUCCGGGCCAUCAUACGGCUCAUGCUGGAGGCGUAGCUGCAAUCCUACAAAUUGAAAACAAUCCCCUAGGGCUUGUGCAGGCGAUCUUAUCUGGCCAUCCAUUGGUGCUCAAUGGCAAGCAGAAUGGUGCUCUGCCUCGACAUGCCAAAAGCAGUGUCGAUCAGAGUUUAUAUAAUCUGUUGAUUAAACUGGACCCCAUCUGGAAGCGCACAGAGGCAAUUCUCGCAGGCCCGCCUGCUCCACUUUUCUUUGAGGACGUUUUUGCUCUCAAAUUGGAAGCAAUGGCGCUAAACCACGAUCUUGAUAUCUGGCAGCAGAAUCAAAGCCAAGAGUUCAGGCCAACUACAGUAGAUCCAGGGCUUCCGCCAAGACCCAACCCCGGGGCAGGGUACAGGCACGGCCGGAUUGACAUGUAUAUUGAUCUCUACGUCGCAGCAUUAUGGAACUUCUCUCGAAUUGCGCGAUGUUUACUUAUCACCCUGAUCAUGCGGUUGUCUGGUGUGCUUGAUGAUGGCGUUAAUCAUGAUUCAGAUCAUCGGGAGGCUUUGCGUCUUGUAGAAGAUAUGAUCGCAUCCAUCCCUUACCAUUUAUCGGAGGAUCUGCAGGUCUUUCUGCGCGAGCGACAUGAUCACACCAAAAUCACCAACGCAGGACGACCGGUCGGUGGUUUAUUACUUAUGCAUUCUAUUUAUGUGGCUUCACAUCUGCAAAUAUUCCCACUGGAGAUGCGUGAAUAUUUUAAAACGUGCUUAGUCUGGAUUGGACGACGGAUGGGAAUUGGACAGGCUGCCUUCUUGGCCCAGGCCCCCCAAAUAGACAAUCAGUAUUUUUCCGGUGGGUGUCUGAUCGUAUUAGCGGGACUCCUCAUUUAG